AUGAAUUCUGUGAAUAGCAGUCUUCUUGGUGGUAUAAUGUACGCGUUUAACGCACAGUCUGUUUGGGAUGAUCUAUAUGAAAGAUUUUAUAAAGUAGAUGGCUCAAGAACAUUCAAUUUGUACAAAGAAAUAGCUACUGGGGCCCAAGCUAGGAGUCAGAUUAUCAUGAGAAGCCCUCUUCCAACUGUCAAUCAAGCAUAUUCAAUGAUCAUAAGUGAUGAAAGUCAAAAGACAAUAGCUGCCACAUCUGGGAUAUUAGGUGCAAAUCCAGCAAUCACUACAGGAAAUUAUGAUGUAGAAAUGUACACAAGAAAUAUGGGAAAUCAGAGGUAUAAGAAGAACUAUAAUAUUAAAUGUGAAUUUUGUAAACUCAAAGGUCAUAGCAAGGAAAACUGUUUCAAGAUAGUUGGCUAUCCUCCGGAUUUCAAGUUCAAGAAGAAAGGAAAUAUUGGAACAGGAGGAUCCGCAGCCUAUAAUGUUCUUGCAGAAGAUCUCUUCAAUGGGAGGAUGAAGGAGAUUGGUAAAGAAAGAGAUGGACUAUACAUACUACUGAGUCAGCUUGCUAACAAGGAUAUGAAUCUCAGUCUACUAGUCAAGGAAGUGUUUACUGCUGAAGAUAUAAACCUAUGGCAUAUAAGAUUUGGCCAUGUGUCUAUAACUGUUCUUAGGAAAAUGCUUCAGAAUAAAGCUGAGUCUAUAGCAGAAUAUUUUUUGAGUUUUGUUCAAAUACAAUUCAACAAAAUAGUUAAGGCAAUCAGAACAGACAAUGGCACAAAAUUUAUCAAUACUAUUUGCAGUGAUAUGUUCAAGAAAUUAGGAAUUAUACAUCAGAGGACUUGUGUCUAUACUCCUCAGCAAAAUGGAGUAGCUGACAGAAAGCAUAGACACAUCUUAGAGGUUACUAGAGCUAUCAGAUUUCAAGCUAAUAUCCCCAUCAAAUUCUGGGGUCACUGUGGUCUAGCAGCUAUAUAUAUAAUUAACAGGAUGCUUUCAUCAGUUGUAGGUGUUUCACCUUAUGAAAAGUUGUACAAAAGGAAACCUUCACUCAAUCAUUUAAGAAUACUAGGCUGCCAGUGUUAUGCCAAGAUCAUAUAA